CGGGACUGAAGAGAUUCGUGAAAGCCGGAGCCCAGAAAUCCGGGGGUGGAUAAGACACCGCGUCCCCUCCAAUUCCCCCUGUGGGAGAAGUUCAGAGGUCCUGUCCCCCUUUCCUCUGAGGGACUCUUUUUGGUGACCACAAAAGAAUUUGAUCAAUCAGGACAAAGCUGCCAGAGGAGCUCUGGACGGCGGCUGGAGGCCAACAGUCCCUACAGGUGGUGUCCAGGGUGAUGCACUGACAAUGAGUGGGUGUUUUCCAGUUGCUUGCCUCCGGUGCCUGUCUAGGGUCUUGGAUGCGCCAGCGCCUCUGGCCGCGGCCCGCUAACCAGCCUCUCCCGGGCCGGCUCCCGCCGCGCCCCCUCUCGCUUGCUCCCUCCUCCUCCUCCUGCUCCUCUCUCCCCUGCUCCCAGGACAGCGGGAUGGCUGCGCAGGGCGCGCCGCGCUUCCUCCUGACCUUCGACUUCGACGAGACUAUCGUGGACGAAAACAGCGACGACUCGAUCGUGCGCGUCGCGCCGGGCCAGCGGCUGCCGGAGAGCUUGCGUGCCACCUACCGCGAGGGCUCCUACAACGAGUACAUGCAGCGCGUCUUCCAGUACCUGGGCGAGCAGGGCGUGCGGCCGCGGGACCUGCGCGCCGUCUACGAGGCCAUCCCGCUGUCGCCCGGCAUGGGCGAGCUGCUGCAGUUUGUGGCCAAGCAGGGCGCCUGCUUUGAGGUUAUUCUCAUCUCAGACGCCAACACCUUUGGCGUGGAGAGUGCGCUGCGCGCCGCCGGCCACCACGGCCUGUUCCGCCGCGUCUUCAGCAACCCGUCGGGGCCCGACGCUCGGGGGCUGCUGACGCUGCGGCCCUUCCACGCGCACAGCUGCGCUCGCUGCCCCGCCAACAUGUGCAAGCACAAGGUGCUCAGCGACUACCUGCGCGAGCGGGCCCACGACGGCGUGCACUUCGAGCGCCUCUUCUACGUGGGCGAUGGCGCCAACGACUUCUGCCCCAUGGGGCUGCUGGCAGGCGGCGACGUGGCCUUCCCGCGCCGCGGCUACCCCAUGCACCGCCUUAUCCAGGAGGCGCAGAAGGCCGAGCCCAGCUCCUUCCGCGCCAGCGUGGUGCCCUGGGAGACCGCCACGGAGGUGCGCCUCCAUCUGCAACAGGUGCUGAAGACGUGCUGAGAACGCGGCCUGCAGGGGGCACCCGGGCAGGGAGGGGGCGAGGGGGGUGGGGGUCGGGAAAGACAAACCUAGUUUUAUUA